CGAAACAUCAUAAUCUACAUUGUAUGUAAAUUAUUAUGUGACCGCAAAUGACCCCAAAGAAUAUUUAACUUGUUAUUAUUAUCAAGAGAACACGAAAAUAAAUUUCAUAUCUAUAAGAAGGUCUUGCAAAACCCAAUGUUAGUCCAAUUCGAAAGUAGCCAUUCAAGAUCAGUCGCUUUUUAGUCAAGAUCGCGUCGCGGUUAAAAAGAUGAACAUUAAAAAUCAGUUAUUUUUAUUAGCAAUAAUUAUUGCUUUCCUCUGUCAAAUCUGUAGUGCAAGUAAAUACAACAUAAGCUUGGCAGAAUUGGAAACAUGUGAAGUGUUCUAUUUAGAUGGUACAAGUAGUCAUUUCAAAGAUCCCUUCGAAAUUAAUUCUCAGAAAAACAAUUUGAAAAAAGACAACGAACGACUUCAUUUAAAAUUGUACUUAAUGGCUAGUAACACUUCCAACAUACAGCUUACACAACGUCCAUAUUGUGAAGAUGAUUGUUAUCAAAUCGGUAACGUUUUCUUUUUGAAUCCUGGCUACAUUUUCAAAGUAAAUUCAACUUAUCCUAUAACUUUACAGUUCUUAGUAGUGAAAAUGUGGCAAUUUGGAGAUAUGAUCCUGAGUUCUAUGCAACAGGAAAGCCGUCUCCCAACAUGUUAUCGAAUUUUGAUCCAAUGCCAGUUGAAAUAAUUCAAACGAAUGAAGGAGAAUUGAUUGUAAAUAUACCAGGUUAUGCAGAACCUCUUAUGAAAUAUUUGGAUCCAAAACCUGUGGAUAUCAAGUAUUUUAGAUUUGCUUCUUAUUAUAAAACCCCAGCUAAGUGGUUCUACAACUGCGAAUUCAAUGAAAAUUCUAACAAAGAGGCCCAAAAGAUAUGUACGGCCAUGGAUUCUCGUAUUACAGAUCUUGUUAAAAAACAAACAAACUACACUGAAAAACACAAUGAAGAUCAAUUAUUAUUGACUUCAAAGUUAUCGGCCAUGGAUUCUCGUAUUACAGAUCUAGUUAAAAAACAAACAAACUACAAUGAAAAACACAAUGAAGAUCAUUUAUUAUUGACUUCAAAGUUAUCGGCCAUGGAUUCUUGUAUUACAAACCUGACAGAUUAUUUUUUGACUGAUCUUGUUAAAAAGCAAACAAACUACAGUGAAAAAUACAAUGAAGAUCAAUUAUUCUUGACUUCAAAGUUAUCGGCCAUGGAUUCUCGUAUUACAAACUUAACAGAUUAUUUUUUGACUGAUCUUGUUAAAAAACAAACAAAAUACAGUGAAAAAUACAAUGAAGAUCAAUUAUUCUUGACUUCAAAGUUAUCGGCCAUGGAUUCUCGUAUUACAAACCUGACAGAUUAUUUUUUGACUGAUCUUGUUAAAAAACAAACAAAAUACAGUGAAAAAUACAAUGAAGAUCAAUUAUUAUUAACUUCAAAGUUAUCGGCCAUGGAUUCUCGUAUUACAAACUUGACAGAUUAUUUUUUGACUGAUCUUGUUAAAAAGCAAACAAACUACAGUGAAAAAUACAAUGAAGAUCAAUUAUUCUUGACUUCAAAGUUAUCGGCCAUGGAUUCUCGUAUUACAAACUUGACAGAUUAUUUUUUGACUGAUCUUGUUAAAAAACAAACAAAAUACAGUGAAAAAUACAAUGAAGAUCAAUCAUUAACUUCAAAGUUAUCGUCCACAGAUCCUAGCAUGAUAAAGUUGAUAGAUUCUUUUUUGUCUGGAACUGGACCCUUUAACAGACAUAAUUCAUUUUUUAAUGGCUUAGUUCCAACACUCAAUAAUUUUGAUGACGAUCAAGUGAUAAAGUUUCAAGCAGGAGUUAUUGAGCUAAUGCAACAAAUCAAGCACCCGUCAACAACAACUACAGAAAAACCGAAACCGAUGAUAGAUGCACGGAUGGGAGUUUGAAGAAUCUUUCGUAUUUUUGGUCAUAGAUCGUGAAAUAGAUGGUAUUUGAAGGAAAAGCUUUUCCAGUCAUUUUAAUUUUCUUUUUCUCCGAAACUUGGAAAGCUUUAUUAUGUCUUUAAUUUUUUGUUUGUGUAUACGAUUCGAUCAACUCUCGUAAAUUAAUUAAAUAAAUAUGUUUUGUUAAGAAUUUCCAAA